AUGAAAGAGUGCCAAAAGGAUUGGUCAUGCAAGUAUUGUACCAAAUCACACAACAAUCUGCUUCACGAGGAUGCGAACGAAAACGAGACCUUCAGCAGCAAUUGUCUUAAAGAAAGCAACGGACAAGAUACGUUGUUGGCAACUGCGCUUAUUCGGAUUAAAAACAAGUCCGGAAAAUAUGAGCAGCUAAGGGCCCUCAUCGAUGGAGGCUCGCAAAAGACAUUGAUAUCUGAAGAGGCCGCUCAACGACUACAACUGCGCCGAAUCAAGCGGAAAUUGGGAGUACAAGGAAUUUCACAGAAUGUUGAAGUUCUAAAAAACAGCGUUUGCUUGACAAUCAAACCAAGGAUGACAAGCAAAUUCGUCACCAGAACGGAGGCACUUGUUAUGCCAAAACUGCAAAGAGCUCUACCGAGCAAGAAAAUUGAAAUGGACAUCAAUAAGGACUGGAUGGGCUGCAAGCUGGCAGACCCACAUUUCAAUGAACCCAGCAGAAUCGAUGUUGUGAUUGGCGUUGAUUUACUCCACUCAAUAAUGUUGGGAAAAGUUAAAAAAGUCAACGGUAUACUGGGGCAAAAAACUGAACUUGGAUGGAUUGUUUCGGGGAACAUAGCUAGAGCAGUAAACAACAAGGUGAUCAGCGCAACAACGACGAUUUGCCUGGAUAACCUCGAACGCCUCUGGAAGCUGGAAAAUAACUCAAGCUGUUCAAAAAAGAACAAUAAAUGGGAUGGCCAAGGCCGGCUAGUAGUCUCCAUACCAUUUAAAAAAGAUUUCGAGUCAGGUAAAUCGCGCAAGCACGCUAUGACACGAUUACUGCAUAUGGAGAACAAAUUCAGAAAGCAUCUACAAAUAUUCACGGAAUAUAAAGACUUCACUUGGCAUGGGAACCGCCACCUGAGUAAAGGACCAAAGUAA